CGCUUGCGCAGCGCGGCAGCACUCCAUUGCAUAGCAUGGGCAGCACUUCCACACCACACCACACCUCGGCUGGGCCUGGGACGGGGGUUGGGCAGGGAGCCCCCCUCCUUCCCUUUUUUUCCCCCUCCCUCAAAAAAGCACACCCACACACUCUUCUUCGUUCCUUGACCGAGUAAAUCCUCUCUCCUCCUCCCGACUCUCAAUUGCUUCAAGGCUUCAUGCUUCAUGCUUUGUCGGCCCCGGCCCGCCCCCCUAUGGCUCAGCCAACUGCUGGAGUGGUAGUGGUUGCUUCCUCUCUCUUCUCACGUCACCAUGAUCGAUAAGCCUAGCUAGAAUAUAGGUGGCUGGCAGUGGCAGUGGCAGCGCUAUCCUAUAUAGUGCCCCCCGGCCGGUGUGAUCGCCUCGGGAGCUAGCCUUGGAAGAAGAAGCAGAGAGCAGAGACGCCGUUGCGUAGAGGGAGGAGGAGUGCUUCUUCGUUCGUCGUUGCCCAAAGCAGCAGCAGUCACUUGGAAUUGGACCAGAGCGGCGCCGAGCGCUGCCGGCCGGCCGGCCGACCUCUGUUUGUAGCGGCGGCAGCACCAGCUCUCAACUGCUCAAGCAAACCAAUUAAAGCAGCCAGCAGUCUGUCACACUCACACACACAGGCGGAACCGAACCGGCCAAUGUAUUCUUCGUCGCCGGCCUGGGAGAAGCGCGUGAGCAGCCAAGAGCAGGAGCCACUCUUUUGCAAUUGCAGCUGCGGCAGGAGGUUUCACAGGCCGGCGGUCAUCUGCAGGACGCCGCACUGAUGGCGACGGCGGUCUCCUGUCCCUACUCCUCGUCUCGCGCCGGCGCCCCUGCACUGCUGCUCGUCGCGCUUCUUCUUGCCGCCGCCAGCUGGACGACCACCGCCGCGGCGAAGAACGACACGCAGAGGUUCCGGCCCGGCGACGAGCUCCGGCGGUACCGGAGGGUGCAGGCGCUGCUCAAGAGGCUCAACAAGCCGGCGCUGCGGAGCAUCCAGAGCCCCGACGGCGACCUCAUCGACUGCGUGCCGGCGCACCUGCAGCCGGCCUUCGACCACCCGAGGCUGCGAGGCCAGAGGCCACUGGUGGCGGGCCCGCCGCCGGCGAGGCCCAAGGGGAAUCGCCUCCGCGACCCGAUAAGGAAUGACACCGCGGAGGCCGCCGGCGUCCAGCAGCUGUGGGCGGCGUCCGGGGAGUCGUGCCCGGAGGGGUCCGUGCCCAUCAGGCGUGUCACGGAGUCGGACGUGCUCCGCGCCAGCUCCGUCAGGCGGUUCGGGAGGGCGCCCGCGGGCAGGGUGCGGCGCGACUCCGUCUCCGGCGGCCACGAGCACGCGGUGGGGUACGUGGCCGGCGACGAGUACUACGGCGCGAAGGCGAGCAUCAACGUGUGGGCGCCGCAGGUGAGCACGGCGUCGGAGUUCAGCCUGUCGCAGAUCUGGGUCAUCGCCGGCUCCUUCGGCAACGACCUCAACACCAUCGAGGCCGGCUGGCAGGUCAGCCCGGAGCUGUACGGGGACAACGCGCCGAGGUUCUUCACCUACUGGACGACGGACGCUUACCAGACCACCGGAUGCUACAACCUCCUCUGCUCCGGCUUCAUCCAGACCAACAGCCGCAUCGCCAUGGGCGCCGCCAUCUCGCCCACCUCCGCCUACAACGCCGGCCAGUUCGACAUCAGCCUGCUCGUCUGGAAGGACCCGAACCACGGCAACUGGUGGCUGGAGUUCGGCUCCGGCGAGCUGGUGGGGUACUGGCCGUCGCUGCUGUUCAGCCACCUGGCGUCGCACGCGAGCAUGGUGCAGUUCGGCGGCGAGGUGGUGAACACGCGCGCGUCGGGGUCGCACACGGCCACGCAGAUGGGCAGCGGACACUUCGCCGGGGAAGGCUUCGGCCGGGCCUCCUACUUCCGGAACCUGGAGGUGGUGGACUGGGACAACAGCCUGGUGCCGCUCGCCGCCGGCUUCCACGUCACCGCCGACCACCCCAGCUGCUACGACAUCCAGGGCGGCGUCAACGCCGUCUGGGGGAACUACUUCUACUACGGCGGGCCGGGCAGGAACGUCAGGUGCACCUAGCUAGUAGCAGCUAUAGCUCUUCGUCAUCUCGUCUCGGCCCGUUAACCUGAUGUGAUGAUGCCGCUAGCUAGGAUUUUCUCUUCUUCCAUAUAUUGCCCACAAAAAGGUUAAUUAAUUUCUCAAAUGCGAGAGUCACGGAUCAUGUAGUUUUCUUUUCUUUUUGAUUUCCUAUUUUCUUGGUGGUCUCUGAACGAAACAAAAGGGUGAAGGGUUAAGCUCAGUUCAAACGUAGUCCAGUUCAUCAGGUCGUAGCGACGAUGAUGGUCGUCGAGUUGUAACGUACGUAAAAGCCCCCUGAACAAUAUGUAGCCACAAGGCACAAUCUAGCAGUAUAUACACGCAUUGUUUUACUC